AAUCGGAAUUUUUAUAACAUAAACAACAAACAACAACAACAGAAAGAAAUAUGGUAAUGGCGGGAAGUCAUAAAAGUUUCCAUAACAAGGAUAAUAAUUAACAAGAUUUGGUCUUGAUUUGGCUUGAAUCUGUUUUCCAAGAAAAGAAGAUACCUCCAUUUGAAAUUAACAAACAUACAAUUGCAAAGAUUCACAACUUCAUGACUUUAAACAAAGAGAUGGACAAAAUAAGCAAAAUAAUAGCAGAUGAUCUGAAAAGAAAAGAACAAGAAUACUCAAUCAAAGCUGAUAAGAUAGAUAAAGUAUUAAGCGAUGUUGGAAUUACAGUGGACACCCUAUCACAAUCCGGAGUGAGAAAUUUAACGAUGUUGUCAGACCUUGCAGCAUACCUCAGAAUCAAGGAUACCAGGGAUCCCAGCUAUGUUUUAGCUUUGGUUGACCUCUUGGGCUCAGCAGAAGAAUCAUCACAUAAGCUGAAGCAGCAUGAGUUAAAAUUGCAACACAUACAACAGGGUAUCAAGGAAGCAAUAAGUAAAAAGGAAUUGUUAAAGGAAUUGUCUGAGUCACAUGAACUGCAAAUGGCUACUGAGCAUCCUAUCAAUGAAAAAAGAAAAAAAGAAAUGCAGUUUUUAAAAGGAAAGUCAGAAGAAUACAAGGCAUUCAUUGGAGACAUCCAGGAAAUAAAUUCAAAGAAUGGAGUUUCCAGUGACAUUCAUCAUGAUACCUUAAAACAAGUUCACCAGGAACUGACAGAAAUUCAAGGACAAAUCAAUGCAAUCAAGAUCAGACUUUCGGAGUUUCACAGCCUGCCACCAGAUAUGUCAUUAGCAAGAGUAAAGAUUGAAGAAGCAAGGCAGGAGCUACAAAAACUGGAAAGUGACCUCUAUAAUGACUUGGAAUUGUUAAAUUUAUAGUAUUUUUAGAGAAACACUGGCACUUUUUGGAAUAUUCUGUUGGAAUACAACUUGGUAACUGUAUUCAACAAUGCUAGAUUGAUCAAAGUUCAUGUUUUCUGUACAAAUUGCACUGUUUGGACAACUAUACCGGUCUUGUGCUUGCGUUUUUCUUAUUGGCCUGUUUUGAUCCACAUCUGGGUAUAUAUUUCUCAUCAUGUUCUUUUGGACCCUUAUUCUGAUGUUGUAUGCUCUGAAGAGUGUCAGACAAAAAAGCUUUUGUGUUAUAAAAUGUUUGCUUUUUUCAAAGCCAUUUUCAAGUUCUGUACUGCCAAAAAACUGUUCAUAAAUGUUCAAAAGCUCCCUCUUUAUUUUUAACUGAGACUACAAGAAAAGCAAUCUUAUCAUCAACAUACAGAAAUCAAUUAAUGUUUAGUUCCAGAUUGCCAUCACAGUUGUCUACGAAGGUCUUUCUUUUAAAGCAAUAAGUCGAGAUCGCCUUAAGAUAAACCUUAACCUUGUUAUGCCCUUUUGCAAUGAUUCAAUCCCGUUCUCCCAAGUUAUCUACUUCCUGCCAAAAAUUUAGGCUAAAAUGCUUUCGCUGAAGAGUUGUAUCUAAGAUACCAUGAUAUUCAUAUGUUUAACUAUUCUUUCAAGCAUCCAUGUAUCGCUCCUAGGCCGUCUGAUGACUAGGGCUAUACCAUGGCUAUGAUAUUCUGUGUUGACUAAAGCAUAGCUAAAAUCGCAUGUUUUUGCUGUGUCUAUUUCAAACAGAGUGGCAAUAAAUGCUUCAAACAACUUCUUAGCAUUCUUCGAGUAAGACAGCGUCUAGUUAGUGAAUUAGGUUUAUGACAGAUUGGGAAGUUCUUUGGUUGUGUUGAGAAAGGAAAUUAGAACCAAAUAGAGCUGAAUUUGAUAUUGGUAAUCAACAAAUGUUUAUGAUGAGAUCAACAGUAGAUAUUUUUAGCAGCUUUAAACGCAUGGCCACAUGUAUACUAAAACCAAAACACCAUGCACCUGUUGAUGUUGGCAGGCAAAUGCAAUUGGUUUUUAGGCUGAAUUUCCAAUUAUCUGCUUUUUAGUAUGUAAAUUCCCAUAUCUUUUUUUCUUCACAAAUGCAAGACAGCUUAAAAAGAUUUCCAUAGUGAAAAUAGUGAGUGUUUUCUGAGCUCUGUGAAAAAAACGACUCACUUAAGUUGCCGGUGCACCUCAGUGGUAGAACUAAGCUUCUUGUCUCGGCUAAUGUUACUUUCUUUUCAGUUUCUAGUAAAGAUUAUAAACACAGUUGCAACUAGAAUCUAGGCAAUAAACCUCUUAUUGCAUGUUAGAGCGCACGGAAUCUUAACAGGAUACAAACUGGCAGAUUGCUAAGUAUGAAGGGGAGGGGGUUGCAAAGGAGAAAGGCAGACAAAGUAGGAAGCAAUAAGAAGAAAGUAGAAAGAGUGAAAUUCAACAACAUUUCGAGAAUGGGAAGUGGGUAUUGAAUAAAAUGGGAAUGUGAGGUACAGCGGAUCACAAGACCAAGUUCUUCAAACAGCUUAGAUGCAAAUGAUAAAGCAAAGGUUUUUAUGCGAAGUUGAUGGAUUUCUGUAGUUUUAUUUGCAGAUAUUGUGAACAGAUAUGUGGCCACAAAAUCGCAUUGAAUGUGAAACUCGGAGUAGCCACUUUCAACCGUCCUGCUCUUUAGACCAACAACGUAAAAUUCAGUUGAAAAAAUCAUGAUGAUGAACAGUUGUCUUUGCACUUUUUUUUACAGAUUAUAAAUUAAAUUUGUGAUUUCAUAGCCUUGAUCUUAUCCUUAAAAUAUCUGGAAACUUCAUAAGCACUUUAAUAGUAUAGUAAAACAGCUUAUUACCAUAUCCAUUAAAUAUUUUCCAGUACACCAUCUAGGUUUUCGAUAGUUUAGGAGUACUUUCCUAUGCAUUUCAAAUGCGAAUCAUUUAGGGGAUUUGUUUAUCUGCAAUCGCACAUUCGCAUAAACUACUGAGUUUUUUAGAUUAGCAACGGUAACAGAACAUCAAAAACAUAUCUCACUGCAAUAAAAGUAUCUGAAACCGCCUUGCUACCAAAAUUCAAAGGAGAGGAGAAGAGGUUGAAUAUUUUUGCAGCACUGCCGUCAAGAAAUGUGUGCAUUGACCUCAGCUUUCUUGCCACAACGCAUUUUCUCGGACGCCGUUACCUUUGCUACGCCAGCACCACACAGCUGUUAACAAAGCCGCGCUAUUUGUUUCCUUGGUGACUACUCAGUUCUCAAUACCAUGCAUUAGGAGGUCUGGUUUCGGAAACAACAACUGCAGUCUCUCCUAGCACUGUGCAAAACCUUCAUGUGAGGCCAAAGAGAAGCUUCCAGUGGCGAAGCCAAAGGUCGUGCCUGUCGUGCCCGGCACGACCAUAAACUUCCAAAAGUAAGGUUUUCACAUAUUGGCAAAAAUUUAUUUUGCUCCGCGAAAAUGUUUCAAAUAUAGACAAAAAUUAGUCGUAUAAUCGACAAAUCGAUCAAGCUUAUCCCGCAGACAUAAGUGAAUUCUACUCGAAUCGCCUAAGGCCCCUGGAAUUAUUUCAGGAGCGGAGUAGAAAUCCACAGGGUUUCAUAUUGGUCGUGCCCAAAAUCUGGUACCUUGUGAUUUG